AUGCGCGUAAAAGUUGUGCGCUCCUCCCUCUCGUCCAUGAGGCUGUUUGGCUCCAGAUAUAAACACGGUGCUGCUCUCCGUCCGUCCCGAAGCUCCUCAGUCUUCUCACAACCAGCACCAGGCACUUCGCUGCAGGAGGCCGAAACAGAACAGGAGGAGGGGACGAUCUCUGGCGCAUUCCCCAGGAUGGAGGAUUCUCCAUCCAAGCCAUCUGUGGCUGAGCUGGCUGGAAGGUUCAAAGGUCAUAUUCUACCAAUGCCCACCUCGAAUGACGAGCUUCCAUUUCGAAGAAGACCUCCAUGUUCCUUAAAGUUGCAAAAUCAAAAAGAUGAUAACGAAGAAUCAGACAAAACCGUUGUCUCUCCAUCUCCCAUUAAAAUCAAGAUGAAGAACUCCCCCAUCAUUGAGAAACUGCAGGCCAAUCUUGCUCUGUCACCCACUGCUCUGUUGCCUUCACCCAAGAGUCCUGAGGUGAAGCUCCAACAGGCACCGCUGUCCCCCACCACACCCUCCAGUCCGCUGAGCCCCACCCUGCGGCCCUCACAUCCGUCCAGCGAAGAGGAGGAUCCCGUCAGCUUCAACAACCCGCCUGAAGGCGCCCCACUGCCAAGCAUCAACAAGACUCGUGCACGGCUAUCGUUCAAGAGACGCCCGCCCUCGAGACAGCACAGAAGGUCAGCUGGAGAGGACGGGAGGGCCUUUGCUCUGUCCCCAUGUGAACUGCACAGCCCAAAAGAAAAUGGGGACAAAGACCAGGUGUUCGACAGCUCACCAGAGGAAGCAGAAUAUGGACAGGCAGUCGGUCUUAAAGAAGCUGAGGAGAAGGACGGGGACUGUGAAAAAACAGAGGAUGAGUUAGCAAAGAGUGACCCAGAAACCAGGGGAGAUCCAGAGGAGGAGCAGGAAGCAGAGCAAGCCCGGAGUUUGGAGACUUUGGAAGAAGAGCAGCAGUCCUGCUCUGCUGAGCAGAUAGAGGGCGAUGUUAAGACAGAUGAGGGGCAGGAGGAGAUGGCUCAGGAGGAACACGAAGGAGGAAAGGAGCUGUGAAUGUUUAUUGUAGAAAAAAGAGCAAAUAUAUGAAUAAGUUAUUCAGUGCUUUGAUUAAGAGAACUCUUUGAAAAAUACUCAGUCACAGGCACUGAAAAGGUGUAUCUGUUUUAACCUGCUCUGGUUUAAGGCCCCUCUGUUGCCCUCUGCUGGCCGUACAUAGAACAGGUCUGUGCUUAAUAAGAUGCAGGUGUUCUCUGCAGGUGGAAAUAAGCACCACAGAUAUCGUAUUCAUUACCAGGCAGAGAAAAGUUGCAUCAUGUUGUACUGAGUCUGCUUGACCAGACUGCUGUUUUUCUCUGAGAUUUGACACAAAGACAUUGAUAAGAGUGCACCUCUAUGUCAGAAGCCUCUCAUGUACACAGGACUUGGUACAAAAAAAAAAUACUGAUUUCUAGUUUGACAAAAGGCAAAAGUAUUAUUAGAUUCACAUAUGUGUUAGCAGAUAUAUAACAAGUUCUAACAUCAUACCAAAUCACUUUCACUUUAGGUUGAAUUUGCUUUUACGUAAUUUGCUUCUAUGGGGGGACGUUGGGCUGCUUCUCUGCUUGUCUUUUAUUUUGUAUGCUGCAAAAUACCUAAAUCGCAGAGCUGCUGUGGGGCGGCUCGGGUCGUCAGCAGUUAUGCACGGAAAUGUUAAGAAAAUAAACAGCCUCCUUCUUAUGUCCAAAAAA